UGGUGAGUGAAUGAGCUUGCGCAUUAUUUUUUAACCGACAAAAGUAAAGUAACAGGAGGAGAUAAUUAACAACAGUGCGAUUCUGUCUAUCGAUUCGUGCGUUUCACUUGGGAUCCAUACGAAAGUACGUACAAUCUAGUACGAGACGAACAUAACCAAGAAAAUUAAGAGAAGUCAAGGAGACGUAACGCCGCGAGGUGCGUUUCGUUGUGUGCGCCGUUGUGUAAUCGUGUUUAUUAUUUCUGGCGGUAAAAGUGGCCACUUCGAUUCAUCUGUGGUCAAACUUGGAUCGAAUUAAGAACGAUUACUGAAGAAAUACAGGUGGCAGAGAAUCUAACGGAGGUUACAGUACGUACUCGGUUGACAUUUAACCAUCACUUUCCAUUGUGCCCUUAUUUCGAUGGAAUGAUAUACCAUCGCGUCGAAGACGAAUCGAAUGAUCAGAGAAAGAAGUCACGCGGCGAAAAGCAAGAACAAGACUAGAGAAGCCAACGAGAGUGAACGAAAGAGAUCUCUCAAGGAGUAGGACGCAUAGUCUGACGACCGUCAUCGUGUAUUUAUCGUCGUAGGUUUGAUCACGGUUCUCUUGUCCCCGCAUUGCGGCGAUAUGAAAUAACAAGAGGCUUGAUUUGAUAGACAAAACCGGCGGCAGUAGAGGCGACGACCGCCUGAUUCGUAGCGUCCGUACUCAGUCCUCAGUGUAGGCUAGUCGGUCGCUCAGUAGUUGUUCCGACGAUUUUUUCCAAAUAUUUUUUCAUCUACCAGUCUUUCUUCGAACAAAAACAUUCACAUAUCUCGAAAGACAAUUAGUACGCGAAAGUUGUUAUUGAAUUGGUGAACGAUAUACCCGAGAAUAGUUCGAGGCUGUACUCGCACGCGGAGAGGUUAUCUUCGUGUAAACAGAUCGCGCGCGAAGAAAUAUAGCAUCGGUGCACGUUAAAUAUUAACAAUUUUCAUCGUUUGUCGAUAACGAUAAAUAAAUCAGAGAAAGCGUAAUCGUCGAGGGAGACACAGAAAUCUGGGAGACGUUAAGUUAUUUCGAAAGAUUUUGACCAGUAAAGUGAUCUACGUACAAAACGCACAAACAUGGCGGCUAAUAUGAGCAUGGAGAAUUGCACUGACAACGCUGGAUAUUUUUAUGAAAUUGUUACGGAGGAUAUGUGGACGUCUUGGGAUGCCACGAUGGAAUAUUUCCAGUACACCCCGUGGCUGUUUUCCCUGCUAGGCAGCACCGUGAUCGGACUAACCGGCAUCUUCCCUCUUUGGAUCAUCCCUAUUGGAGAAGGUGUCGAUUUAAAAACAGGAGACGGUGCUGGCACGCUGAAAGUAUUAUUGAGCUUCGCAGUUGGGGGCCUGUUGGGCGAUGUUUUUCUGCAUUUACUACCGGAAGCAUGGGGAAACAGCUCGCUGAACAAAGUUACGGACAGCGGUCAUCCGUCGAUGGCGUGCGGUUUCUGGGUGCUCGGUGGUUUUUUAGUAUUCGUCAUAGUAGAGAAACUCUUCAACAUCGAGAGGGAAUCCGAAGCCGAGGACGAGUCUGCGUUAACGGAUGAGCGGGACGAUAGCGAAAACACAGGCAUGGAAACGGAGAAAGAAAUGGAGAAUAACAAUUGCAUUACAUUAAUUGGGAGCAAACCACAGAACGGGUUUUCGAAACGUUACACCGACACGGAUUUGUCCAAUGUCAUCAACGAGACCUUUUUGGAGAAGCAGAACGGAUACUCCCGACUACCGAACGGUUACAAAGAUGCACGUAACAAGAACUGUUUCGUCGAUAAUGGCAUCAAGCAACUGAUCUGCAACGAAUUCACAAAUAGCCAUGGAGGCCUGUCGAUAGACGAAGCGAAAAAUUGCUUGAAGAACCGAUCGAAAGUGAACGGGUUCUCCGACGAAUUGUCGAGCGCGACUGAUAUUACCGCUAAUAAAAGGACUGUCACGAAGGAAAAAUCAAAGCAUAUAACCGGAUAUCUGAAUCUGAUCGCCAAUAUCAUCGACAACUUCACCCACGGAUUAGCCGUUGGUGGUUCUUUCCUCGUGUCUCUCCGUUUAGGAAUACUCACCACUUUCGCUAUUCUCAUACACGAGAUACCUCACGAAGUCGGGGAUUUUGCUAUUUUGUUACGCAGUGGAUUUAACAGAUGGGAUGCUGCGCGGGCGCAGCUUAUCACUGCUAGCGGUGGUAUUUUUGGAGCCAUGUCCGCGGUGUUCUUUUCCGGUGGCGAAGUAGGUGCGAAGACGAGUUGGAUAUUACCAUUCACAGCAGGUGGCUUUCUGCACAUUGGCAUGGUGACCAUCUUACCUGAGCUAAUAAAAGAAACUAGUCCGAAGGAAUCUUUGAAACAAACCGCCUCGUUACUCUUAGGUAUCGUCGUGAUGGUGGUUUUAACGAUUUUUUGCGACUAGGAUUAUUUCGUUUUUCAAGUAGAAUUAGGUUCAGAGUUUGCCAUAAGAAAGGAAAUUAUUUCAUUUAAUACUUAUUGCUCAAUAGAGAUGGGUCUACGUGUAGAGACAGCGGAGAAACGAGGAACGACGAUUGGUAACUGAUUAAAAACACAAACACGUAUUAUGUAACGUGUUAUAUUGAAUCUAGUUUUGAAGGAAAAUCUGUAGUUUGUUUAUUUUUGCAAGAUUACGGCUGAAUCGUUAUUUUUUCACUCGGUCUAACGCGUUUUCGAACGUCGAUCUUUUGUCGUGGUAAAUAGUUAAUGUUUCUCUGAUAGUCGAAUCAUAAAAACAAGACAAAAGCAGUAAAAAAUAAUGAGGGAGUAUUUGUACGAAUUACUUUUAUAUUUUUCGAUUAUUUAUCGAGGAAUCGUAUUAUUGGCAUUUUUGAGAUUAUCGAUUUAUAUUAAUACUUUAAGAGAUAUUGUUAGAAACCUGAUAUAGUUUAUACACGAAUGUACGUAUGUUCCUCGGUAAGAUAUCGGUGAACGAGUUGUUUGCGAGAGACGCCAUUUUGUUUCCGAAGAUGUCGACGCACUUAAAACGUUGCCUAAAAAUUACAUCUACGAAACCAGUAUUGACGUAUGACUUUCACGUUGUGAAACGAAUAAUCAUGUAUGUACAUAAUGUCUAUGCUUCCUUGUUUAUUUAAAAAAAAAAAAAACAUUGUAAUUGAAGCGUAUUUCCGAAUGCAAAUAUCAGUUUAUUUGACAUGUGCACAUCGACAAAUGUAUAUUUUAAGUUCCUACAGGUAAUUGUAAAUAAGACAUCAAAUUUAUCCAUUCUAUAGUGGAACCAAAAAAAAUAUGUUAGCACCAAUAAAGAAACAAAAUUUAUAGGUUAGGUUACCAAAAGAAAAUAAUAAUAAUUUGCAGAAACACUGUUUAAAACGUGUGUAAAUUCGAUCGGUAAAUAUAAAGCCGAUAUAAUUAUCAAACUUGCGAGGGUAAGUAAAAUUGAGACAUUUUAGAAAUGUUGCGCGAUUACGGAUUAGUUGAGACAGCGGCGUGAAAGAGAGUCUAUCUGUUUUCUCCCAUAGGCUCAUGUAUCUUUUUACAAGUGCAUGUUUUACAAGUCACACAAAAAACAAACAUAAUCCUUGUACUUAAAAGAAAACAAGGUAUUCUUUCAUCGUAAAAAAAUACACUUGGUACAUGAGCACCAUUUUCAAUCACAUGUAAAUAGAAGUCUUUAAACUUAUGAAGCUGAUUUAAUCAGCGACUUGGCGAGUAUAUUUUUUAUGAACUAUAACUACACGAGCAGAUUGUUCAUAUGUAAUAAUUAUAAUUUGUAAAUAAAGUAUGUUAUUCUGUAACAA